AUGGGAUCGAAGGGAAAUGAAAUGGUCGGGGCGAAGGGUUCUGGCGACAGCCCCGGCAAAAAGACUGCAUUUUGGGGCACGAAGUUCCUUAUCGUCGUGACGGGCGCAAGCGGAGGCCUUGGAAGAGGUAUAGCGGUCAGCUUUGCCGAACACGUCGCGGAUGGAUCGCUCCUCGUCAUCACGGGUCGCAACACGGCCGGGCUCGAGGAAACAAAGCGGAUGAUCGUAACCCUGGGACGCGCCGUCAGCGUGAGCGUCGAGACCUGCGAUCACUCCAGGGCACUUUUCCGGGACUACCAGGACCUUCUGGAACGAGCGUCGGCCAAACUCCCGGACCCGGACAGGGUCGUGCUCGUGCACAACGCCGCUAGUAUACAUAGCUACUCCGACUACGUCGUCUCGUACGACAACGAGAGACAGAUCGGUGACUACUACCGCUUGAACCUCACGUCCGUCAUGACGCUGACUUCGGCGUUCCUCCGUCACUACAACUCUGACUCGGGCCCGAUGCGAACGAUCGUCAACGUCGCCUCCACUGCGGAAAUCGAGGCAAUACAGGGACUCGGCUUAUACUGCACAGGCCAGGCGGCCCGGGCAAUGUACAUGAGAGUGGUGGCGCUGGAGAACCCGUCGGUGACCGUCCUCUGUUACAAUCCUGGGCCGGUGGACACGGCCAUGCUGAGACAGAUGCAAGGCGGCAGCGAGGACUGCGUCACUCGCUACGAGAAUGCUUUUAAAGAUGGAAAAGUAAUGACCCCCGAGAUAUCUGCGAACGCUCUCGUCCACAUCCUCGAACACCGAAAGUUCAAGUCGGGUGCACGUGUCAGUUUCUCGCCUGAUCUUAUAAAAGUAGGGUCGACAUCUGGUUCAGACUGAGGGUUCGGCAAGAUGGGACCACUGUUGUCUACAUUUCGGGCAAGAAUCGCUCUGGGCUAAUUGGGAGUUUUAGUAGCUCGUACCGGGAACUAUACCCAGUACUCCGCCUGCAGCUUCGCACAUGCAACGUUUCGGUAUUAGGUAUCCUCGUAGCAGUUAUCGGAACGACGUACCAAAACUCUGUAAUAUGG